CGGACUUGUUGAACUGCUCAUUGCACGGAGCACCACUCUAAUAUGGCUGCACUACUCCCCUUCUCUACGUCGUAUCGACAGCAACAAAGUAUAGGGACACCCUCAUCAGUAUUUCGCCAGAACCAAAUCCAGGCAAGGCCAGCUUCUGUCCUUGACCUUCCAGGUCUUCAAAGCGCAAGUCGCGUGUUGCACGACCAGUUCAUGAAGGAUGCCCAGAUAAUACCGGAUAUUGGUGACAUGCUUACAACCCCUGGUGGGCAGUCGUCAGCACUCUAUAGUGUCUUUCCCGAUGACUACCGGGCACCAUUUCAGAAGAGGAGGCUUGUAGGCAUUCCUGAAGCACUUUUUCAGUAUUACAACACUACCAACGUUACUUCACACAUGGGUCUAAUACCUGAAAUUGAACGUGUAUGGAUAUCAAUUGAUCAUAAGCUAUUUCUCUGGGAUUAUAUUGAGGGUCAAGACAUAAGCUCCUUUGUUGAUCAACCGGACGUCAUCACCCAUGUGGCUGUCGUAAAACCAAGAGUCGGCGUCUUCGUCGACGAAAUAACGUCCGUCAUGGUCAUUUGCACCCCUGUAUCCGUUCUUUUGAUCGGAUUGUCGAUGUCCACCGUCCUUGGUACCAACAAUCGCCCCCGAAAAGAAAUCAAGAUGUAUGCAACAGACAUGACCGUUUCGACUGACAUCGAAAUGACCUCUGUUGUGGGGAUGUCUGACGGGCGAAUUUUCAUGUGUGGCUCUCAGGAUGGCUGUCUAUACGAACUGCACUAUCAACAGAGCGAAUCUUGGUUUUCGAAGCGGGUGCAUGUAGUCAACCACUCUGUUGGAAGUGUGCAGAGUCUGUUCCCGAGGUUCACUUCACCAAAGUCAGAAGACCGUAUUGUCGCUGUGGUUUCGGAUCCAAAACGCAAUCUCUUCUAUACCCUGUCGGCCAGGAACUCAAUAUCUAUCUAUCAGGCAAGCAGCGAGAAGGCUGUGCACCAUGUGCAAACUAUGUCAAACCUUUACAAGUCUGCGCAAGAGAAGGCACCUGGUUCUCCUGCUCUUACCCCUUCAAACUUCCAGAUCAUUGCUCUACAUGUCCUGGAUCCAGGUGAAUCACGGACAGGGGUUCAAUUGAUUGCCAUCACCAUGAAUGGUGUACGCUUGUACUUCUCUCCAUCAACCUCGGCAUAUAGUUUUUCAUAUGCUCCAACCCCAAGCGCUGGGGGCAGUGUGCGACCUCUGCAACUCAUUCAUAUACGACUUCCGCCCCCAAAUCUAUUGCAUCCAGACGAACAAUCUAGUCCCCACCGUCCUGCUUACAACAGUUCCACCCGAAACUCACCGCCACAACCUCCAUCCCGUCCCUUCAUCGUGUCAGGACUUGAGAAUUCGGGUUAUUUGGACGGAUUAAUGGUCUCAGCUCAGCCAGGUGAUACAGAUGGGACAGAUUUUUUGCUUUGUACUGCCCCUGAUCUCACUCGAAUUGGCUCGCUCGGGCAACUAAAUCCGCCUUCACAACAACAACUAGGACCAUCUCAGCAACCAGUGUAUGGUCCCUCAUCAUAUGGGACUGGGGCAAAUCAGCGUCCUCCUUUAACUGAAUAUGCCACCCUGCUGGCUAUCCCUGGUCGGACAUGGUCGAUGGCGACGGUUCCCCGUGAAUCGACUCCCCCGUCAGUUGCUCCUUCCCCUCCGGUCACAAAUGAACUUGCAACCCAAUUCUCUGAACCUUCGCGGCAGUUCAUGAUCCUCACAAAUGUUGGUGUCACGUUUCUGAUCAAAAGGCGAGCUUUGGACUAUCUCAAAGCAGUCAUAGAGGAAGUCCAGACUGAGGGAGUGGUGCAGCCAAUAAUCGAGUUUAGAGACAGUUUUGGAAGAGACCAGACAUGUGCCAUGUUGCUAGGUCUUGCAAGCGGAAAUACUUUCCUGGAUGCUGGAGAGCCGUCGUCAAGUGGCACGCUAUGCACAAUUAGUCCCGAUAUUGCCAACGUUGCUAAGCAGGCGUUUUACGAUUUCGGCGAGCGACCAAUCUGGACAGAACGAGUGACUUAUGGCACAAGUGAUAGUUCUGGUAGUGCCAUCUUUAGUGGUCGGAGGGAGGGCUUUGCCAUGUACUUCGCACGUCUAGUACGGCCGCUGUGGAAGGACAAGUUAACAAAGCCAGGGUCCCCCAGUUUGCAACAGUCGAAUUUCGAGGACAAUCUUUUGGUAACUGUGCAGAAAAACCUCUUCGCAGUGAAGGAGUUUCUGGAUAAAAACCCUCACCUAUUCCACUCUGUACCCGGAGAGCAUACAGUAUCGCGGACAUCAUCUGGCAAUGAGCAAGAAGCUUGGAAGGCCGAACAAAAUUCUGUUUCCCAGCUCCAAGCGCUGUUAUCCAGGACUAUUGAAGCAAUCUCUUUCAUCCUUCUGUUAAACGAUUACAGACUGGGGGAGCUGAUAGCUCAGUGCGAUCCUGAUACGCAAAAGUUGAUUACCUCCAUGACGUUUGAGGACCUUGUAACCUCGCAAAAUGGCGUCACUGCUGCACGUGCAUUAGUUAAUGUCGUAAUUGACCAACAGAUAGGCCAACAGAUUAGCGUGGACACGAUCAGUGAGGUACUACAGCAACGCUGUGGCUCGUUUUGCAGCACAGACGAUGUCAUGCUGUACAAGGCUCGUGAAAGUGUCCGUAAGGCUAUGGAGUCACGAAACCCAUCCGAACGUCAUAAUUGGCUCGGUGAAUCUCUGAGACUGUUUACCAAGGGGGCGCGGAUGCUAGACUUUGACAAAAUUCGCGAGGUCUGUGGUGAAUACCAGCAGCUCGGCUAUGCCAAAGGAGCUGUGGAACUUCCAUUGAGUUGCGCCCAGGCAUUAGACCCUGAUAAUCUGGGCCUCGAGUACUGGUAUGCAGCAUGUCCGCCGAACGACACCCGAAAGGAGUAUUGCGACAAAAGACUCAAGUGCUAUGACCUUGUCCUCCAUUCUCUGAGCGUCUUUGAAGAGAAUGCUUCGCAGAGUGCUUCUGUAAAAGGGUCAGCGUCAAAUGCAAUUGACGACCCCGAAGCUGUCCGCAGCCACGCCUAUGACCUUGCAUUUUCCAGCGAGGACGAAAUGUUCCACUCUACAUUAUAUGACUGGUUAAUCAAUCGAGGUCUUGCUGACGAGCUUUUGGCGAUGCGGCCUCCAUUCCUUGAAGCCCACCUUAAACGGGAACCGAUCACAGUGCCCAAGUAUCAACUUUUGUGGCAAUUUUAUGUGAAAGACGGUCAGCCGUUGCGUGCCGCAGAGGUACUUGCCGUCCUAGCAGAGUCCGACACUGACUUGCCGUUGGACAAACGCCUCGAGUACCUGACGCUAGCCGUUGGCAAUGCGAAGUCUCAUCCCGUGACUAUCGGUGGCAGGCAUGAGACUGCUAUCUCUUUCCUCACCAACCUCGAAGAAAAAUUGGACGUUGCUCAAGUGCAACUUGAGGUGUACAAUGCCCUCUUACCUCACAUGAAUGAUCCUGGAGAAGCCGGGGAGAAAAUCAAGUAUCUCAAUAAGACCUUGUUAACCAUGUCCGAGUUGUAUCAAGUUUAUGCGGAACCAUUUGAUCUACCGGUCAUGAAACUCUUGAUCUUGUAUGUCUCUGAUCAUCACGAUGAACAUGUUGUCCGUCCUAUAUGGGAUAGGAUAUUUGAUGACGCAAUAGAGAAGGGUGCGGAUGCGCAAACCAAUGCCGACCACAUCAUUGCAAGUGUUGUUCCACUUGGAAAGCGGUUUUACCCCUCCGAGAGUGCUUUCCCCUUGAAGUACAUCGCAUCGUUGUUGGUCAAGUUCGCUCUGAAAAACAGAACCCAGCUACCAAACGGUUGGACUCCUCGGGUGCUCGUUCAGUGCGGUGUUCCUUACGCGGAUAUAUGGGAUGUACUCCAUGAGAUGUAUGAAUCACAGAUACCCCCUUUCAACACGCAAAGUGGUGUGCAAGUCGUAUCUUCUGACAUUGCAAUUCUUUUGAACGACUGGCUCGAGGAGGCAAAACGCCCUCAAUCCUCAGUUCCUCGAGGAGAAUUCCCGGUUGGCAGAAUAGACCUUGCUGUUGGGCAGUAUCUGGCGGAACUAGGUGCUAACCAAGCGGAGACAAAGGCAAUUUACGAAGGAAUCAAACGUCAGCUAAGAAGGAACUGGUAGCACAUAUGGGAUGGCUGAUAUGUAUUACUCAUAAUUCCUACUUUCAUAACACCUACGUCGGGUAGAUCAAUUGACUUCGAGAAUGACAUCUUCCGCGUACAGAAGUAUACGUUCGCUGAGCUUUCGUGUCAACUUGUACGCCUCGUAUAACGCCCUGGAUGCAAUAUUGAGC